AUGUCUGCAAAUCCUGGUAACUCUUUGAAAGCACUAUCGCCUACUCCCCCAGAACGUGGAUCUUUCCCACUAGAUCAUGACGGUGAUUGUACCAAACAAAUGCAAGAAUAUUUGAGUUGUAUCAAGUUAGUUAAGGGGGAGAAUGCUCCCAAUUGCAGGCUACUAGCUAAGGAAUAUUUGAAAUGCAGAAUGGAUAACAAACUUAUGGACAGAGACGAUUGGAAGCAUUUAGGGUUACCUUCUGAUAAGAAAGAAGCAAAUGAUGUAACUAAAGAGACUACUCCAACAUCAGGACAGUAG